AUGACGUCCGUUCUCGGUCAUUUGCAGAACUACACGGUUCCGCAGCACAUCGAGUCUAAUUGGAACGUGAAUCCGUUGGUUUUGUUCGACACUCCGCUCCAGAAGAAGACGACCGCCGACAACUUGCCAAUCGAGAGGAUGCUGCAGGACGAGGCCCGGAGGUGCAAGUGGCUCAUUUUGUGGCUCGACUGCGACCGAGAGGGCGAGAACAUAGCGUACGAGGUCAUCGACAUUUGCACGCACACAAAUCAGAAUUUGAGGAUUUUGCGCGCCCGCUUUUCGGCUCUUAUCCCCCGCGACAUUCACCGGGCGCUGAGGGAGCUCGCCUCCCCGGACCAGCGCAUUUCCGACGCGGUGGACGCCCGACAGGAGAUAGAUUUGAGGAUAGGCUUCGCCUUCACUCGGUUUCAGACGACGCGGUGGAGGAGCAAGUUUGCCGAGCUCUCGCAGGGUCCGGCGAUCAGCUACGGUCCGUGUCAGUUCCCGACGCUGGGGUUCGUCGUGGACCGGUACUGGAAGCACGUGCACUUCCAACCGGAGGAUUAUUGGACGAUUCGCGUCUUGAUCGAAAAGCAGGACCAAGUCGCGACUUUUCUCUGGUCUCGCGUACACUUGUUCGACCACAUGAGCUGCGUCAUUCUGUACCAGCUUAUGCUGGAGAACCCCGUCGCCACGAUCACCAAGGUGGAGGUGAAGCCGACGUCGAAGGCGCGGCCGUAUCCGCUCACGACGGUCCAGAUGCAGAAAAUGAUGGCCAAAAAAUUUAACAUGUCAGCUCGCCAAGCGAUGAACAUAGCGGAAAGCCUGUACCAGCACGGGUGGAUCUCGUAUCCCAGAACGGAGACGGACUCUUUCGCGCCCAACUUCGACCUCCGUUCCCUGGUUCAGGAGCAAGCGAGCAGCUCGAAAUGGGGAUCUUACGCCGCCGAUCUGAUCAAGAGCAAAUUUCGACUUCCUCGCUCCGGAAAACACAACGACCGCGCUCACCCGCCAAUUUACCCCACCAAAUUCACGGACGCGCUCAAGGACGACCACGCGCGCGUGUACGAGUUCGUGGUUCGACACUUCCUCGCCUGCUGCUCGGAAGACGCCGUAGGCGAGCAAGCGCACGUGGAGGCGCAAAUCGGCGACGAGACGUUCAAGUGCGACUCGCUGGUGAUCCUUCAAAAGAACUAUCUGGACGUGUACGAAAUGUACCAGGGCUGGAAGGAAGAAGUGAUCCCGCGCUUCAAGGUCGGGGAACAGCACCUGCCCAAGGAAGCCAAAAUUUUGAGCAAAAAGACGACUCCGCCUCCGCUGCUCAAGGAGGCCGAUCUGAUCCAGCUGAUGCACCAGCACGGAAUCGGGACGGACUCGACCAUCGCGGAGCACAUCCACACCAUCUUGCAGCGGAACUACGUGGUGAAAAAAAAGAACGAGCUGGUUCCCACAAAGCUGGGCGAGGCGCUGGUCGCCGGCUACAACUUCGUCGGGUACCGAAAGUUGAACCAGCCGCAGCUCCGCGCCCAAAUGGAGUCGGACAUGCAGCGCAUUUGCACGAACCAGGCUCAAAAAGCGGACGUUGUGAAAUUCAACAUUGACACUUACCGAGAAAUUUUCAUUCAACUUCAAAAUAAAGCGAGCAAAUUGGACCGCGCGCUGAGUCGCUACUUCAACCCCAUCGGGACCCUGUUCAAGAGCGAACAGCCCGGCUUCUCCAAGUGCGGGAAGUGCGGGCGACAGAUGUCCCUGCGCCUUCUCGACAACGACCGUCACUCCCUGCAUUGCGAACACUGCGACGAGAGCUUCGUGAUCCCGCUAGGAAAGGUGUACGCGUUCGAACACACGUGUCCCAUUUGCUCCUACCAAGUGGUGCGGGUGCUGACGCUGAAAGAAAAAAUGAUCCACGUCUGCCCAUAUUGCUACAACUACCCCCCGGCGCAGUUCUCCUCGAAGCCUCCAGACUCUUCUAUCCGCAUGCUGUGCCUCGCCUGUCCCGCGACCAACUGCGAGCUCAGUCGGAGGGCGCGCUCCUCGGACGCGUUCGUCCGCAGCUGUCCGGUCUGCGGCGCCAAAAUGGUCUUGCGCACCUCGAAGACCAACCAAAAAAAAUUUUUGGCGUGCACAAACUAUCCCGGUUGUACCAAGAUUCUGUGGCUCCCAGACGAAAACAUCGACGCCUGCGAGGUGCUGCAGGAGAAAUGCCCCGCGUGCAGCAGGAACGGGACCGACAGCUACCUGGUUCGGUUCCGAUACACCGCUCGCGAAGCGUUCGAGACCGGACGCGACUUCGAAACGGGGUGUCUUGGCAGCUGCCACCGACCCGGCGACAUCGUCAAGGAGUGGCUCCGAAAGCGCAACAAAAACUGGGAAAGUUGGGAAACGUCCGGCUCAGACGAAUUCAGUGUCUCCGCAAAUAAAGAGACAGCGCAGGUAGAGAUGAAGACCGUCGGAAGAGGAAACACGUCGCUGCCACAGCACAGGAACAAAUUGUACGCCGAGUCCUGUGGUUCUCUGAGUGUCGCUGAAAAUUCAACGAAAUUUCCAGAUUUUUGUUCUCGCAGCGCUUCUGACCUCGCGGUCGACCGCAAGCAGCAACACGUCGACCGGAGCAGCUCGCACAAGGUCGGCGUUCCUCGAAGGGCGUCCUUCUCGUCGCCCUUCAAGCCCACCGACGCGGACAAGCCAACGUCCUCGUCUGUUUUCGACGAGCCAGAGCCCGCAGAUGGACAGCACUACUGCAUGUGCGGACACCCGGCGCUGUGCAAGGUGGCGAAGACGCCGAAAAACCACGGGAGACAUUUCUACGCCUGCGAGGUCGACGCGUGCAACUUUUUUCUCUGGAAAGAAGGCGACCAAGAGUGGGACGCCAUGAAGAGGAGCGUGGCUACGGGCAGCACCCGCAGGAACCUCUCCGUCCAAAAGCACGGCAGGAGGGGUUCUGCCUCCAGGAAGACGGGCUCCGGCGGGACGGAGAGCCAAUACAAGAAAUCUGGCAGCAGAAGGUCGAAAAAAAUUUUGUGA